AUGGAGGUAAAGAGAGACGGACUCAAUUUGACCGCUUUACCAAGUACAGACACAAACUAUUCCGUAAAUGUCUCUACAAGGGAUAAAAAGCGUUGUGAAUCUCCCAGCAGUGCUGCAGUUCAACAGGAUGCGGUGAAUGCGGUUACCAAUCGGCAGGGUUUAUACCAACGACCUGAAUGGAUAGCCUCCCAAUGCACAGGUGAUGGUAAUAAACAUCAGCACUGCAGAGAGUUUGCUUCUGUUCCUACAGUGGAGUGCUCCGAAAGAAGUUCCUUAGCGGGUCCCACGAGACAAAUGCCGGGGAGCUUUUGGAGACACCGUGGUGAUACUUCUCGUUUCCUUCCACUUCGCCUAAGAGGAGGGGAGAAACGGCAGAGUCGAUUAAAUUCUACAGAAGCUUCUGUUAGUAAUAUUUGUUCACAACAUCAACGUGGAUUUUCCUCUGAUGAGUGGAAUUCCCACAGGAAAUCGUGUCAUGAAUCAGAAUCUAGUUUUUGCUGUGGUGAAGAAGAAAAGGAUGAAGUUAGAUUAGAUGGUGAUUCAUAUACUUAUGAAACAAAUAGUUGUGCUAUUAUUAUCUCACUUUUUCAAGGUGUACCCAGAGAAUUAUUACGCUCACGCUAUUUUCAUGCAUGGUGGCGAUGGGUAGUACAAAAGCGUGAAUCAAAAUGGAAUGAUACACCUUUACUAACUUCAUCAGCAGCAGAAAAAGAAUCCCCAAAAGUAUCUACUGCACCAUUAACAGGGUUAGAUUCAGAGUAUUCCCCUCUUCACGCAUCAUCAAUGACUCCACCGUCUAAUACUCCUCAUUGUUUAGCAGUAUCGGACUCUUUAGACGUAAGUUGGCAACUCACUACGGGUGAAGCCUCCGGUAUUUUGGCGACAGGAGCUCCAGUCUCAGGCGUAGAAGAACCAGAGUCUAGUAAAGGUACUCAUUCUGUUGUAUCUCGAGAGCCCCGCACACGAUCACAGUUUAGGAAUGUUUCUGCGCCUAGCGUCCCAUCUGAUGUUUUUCUCGAGCGUUCUGGACGAAGGCAAAGUGGACAGGAAUCCUCCUUAUCUUAUGCAUCAGGAUAUAAUCAACAAACCACACAUAGCCGCAAUGAUUCUUGGCGUGAGAAUUCCGUACGUUCACAGGAAAUGGUGUAUGCUUGUUACUUUAGUUUGCUGGAAGAUGAAGAAGAAGCGGCUCGCAUUGUUAUUGAGCAGAAAGAAACUGGUGUUCGGCGUAAAAUCCUCUCACAUGCCAAACAUGUUCUCGAUGAGGCUCUCAUGUUAGCAUUGUAUGGGAAAAGGCCGGUUUCACUUCCCAUGCUUUUGCGGGUGCCGUCUGUUGAAAAUCAGACAAUGGAAAUGAUGAGCCCUCUCAGUGAAGAACAGCCGGAGUUCACAUCGACGGAUUUACGCUCGACAAAGUCAAUACCUUCGAUUGUAUGCACACGAAGUCCAAGUAUAAUACAGGCGAAUGAUAUCCAAUCACGAGAGAAACAGGAACCGCAUAAUGAUAAUGAUAAAGAGAAAGAGAAAAAGCAAGAGAAAAAGCGGCAACCGUUGGUUCAAGAGAAGUUACCAACAUCCGAUGAAAGAAAUCUACAGCAGUGUUCCACUAAUUUAUUAGUACCGUUAAAUGCUCCUUUGCAUCCUGUAGAAGCAAAAGAAAAACAUAAAACGCCUAGUGAAGAGAAGAAUACUGAUAACAAUCAUAUUGAAAAAACAGAGCCUCAGGUUAGUCUUCUUGAAAUCACACGAAAUUUAAUGAUAUCUCCUUCUCUACCUUCACCUAUUCCCACUGGGGAUGCCAGCAUCCGGAUAUACGAUGAUGAUAAUAAUAAUAAUAAUGUCGACAACAAAGAGAAAAAUGGUGCGAAAAGGAACUUGAAUGACUCUGGCUAUAAUACCACAGAGUUUUCACCAAGUGGUUCCCCACUUCUACGUAGAUUCCGGUACACGGAAUUGGUUGAACGGGAACGUGAGCGGCGUUGUCGAAUUAUAGUAAAUUACCGUAAAGGUCUUGAACAGAUCAUCGUUGUAUGUUUUGGUGGGCCUACCAGCACUACCAGCACUACUCCCACCAGCACUACCAGCACUACCAGCACUACUCCCACCAGCACCACCACUACUACUCCUACCAGCGCCAGUCCCCGCGAUCUUCCUGCAGUCAAAACUACAGAUGAAAGAUAG